AGUAGCAUAGAUGGCGCUACUUUCUAAAAGCCGCAAAAACAUAACCUUGCGAUAUUAAUUUGUCGCGAAUACAUCCAAAAAUAUAUUUUUUCUCCUAGAUAUAGGGACAAACGAUAGUGCUUAGAUAUCUAUUAAACGAUAGUGUGCUUGUCAUUUGAUCGAUUUAAUAUGCAUUCUUAUUUUCUCCCGCUGUUGGCAAGUUUUAUAUUAAAGCAUGCAUUCUGUUCAAAAAUACAAACACCAAAAAUUGCUGUUAUUGGUGGAGGUAUUGGAGCCGCUUCGACCACUCAUUUUCUCACUGAACUAUUUAACAAUGAUUUAAAAAUUGAUCUUUACGAAGCUAAUAAGAUUGGUGGACGUUUGGCGACGAUUCAAAUUGAUGACAACGAAUACGAGGCCGGAGGUUCGAUAAUACACUCGCAGAACAAAUACAUGCAAGAAUUUGUCCAUUUACUUGGAAUGGAACAUAGGCCUAGCAGAGAACAAAGAUUUGCCAUAUGGAAUGGUACAGAUAUUAUUUUCGAAGAAAGCAAUUCCAAGAUAUUUACAUUAGCUAAAUUAAUAUAUAAAUACGGUAUAGAACCGUUUAAACUCAACAGUUACGUAGAUUCUAUACUCGCCGAUUUUGCUCAAAUUUAUCAUCUACAAAAUAAGGGCCAGUCUUUCAUGAACCUUACCUCUAUGCUGAUAGCCUUGAACAAAGAGUUUCCAAAGCUUCUCCAAGUCUCUAUCAAAGAUCACCUUUUAAAUUUAGGAUAUACGGAGAAAUUAAUCGACGAGUUAGUCGAAGCUCCUUUGUUGGUAGAUUAUGGACAAACGACGGCCGUUCACAGUUUCGUCGGUUGCGUAACGCUUUCCGCGUCUACCGGAAACCUAUGGUCGGUUAAAGGAGGAAACAAAAAAGUGCCCGAACACUUAAUAUAUAGGAACGUUAACGUAAAUGUGCUCUCUUCUUUCGUCAACAAAAUUCGUUACGGAACUAUCAAUAACUUUCCUAUUUAUGAAGUACAUUAUUCCAACAAAGAUGGUAUAGACGUUAUGAAAAAUCACUACGACAUAGUUAUUCUCGCGAGUCCGUUAACGAAAGAUCAAAAGACGCAUAUUACAUUCGAAGACAUCCCUGGCGACGAUUUAACAUUUUUAGGCGAAUAUCAGACAACUAUUGCGACCCUUGUAAAGGGGGAUAUUAAUCCAAAUUACUUUGGACUCGAAGAAGAAUUAGAUAGCAUAUUAAGUUCCAAUUCUAAUAUCGAUAUUCGGUCCGUUGGAAGAAUAGACACCGUCGAAGGUCCAACUAAAAUUGAUUCCAAAAUAUGGAAAAUUUUCAGUAACGCCUCCUUACCCUUGGCUCUUCUAAACAACAUUUUUCUCAAUAUCGAAGAAGUGAAAGAAGUCGCCUGGAAAGCAUAUCCGCGAUAUACUACGAACGCACGUUUAGACAAAUUUAAACUUUACGACGGUCUUUAUCACGUUAAUGCCAUCGAAUGGGCAGCCAGCGCAAUGGAAAUGAGUGCCAUAGGUGGUAGAAACGUAGCGAUAUUAGCUCACGAUGAAUUUUUACAAAGGUUCUCGAACGAACCAAAUACGUCAAAAGAUACGCCGCACAAAAUAGAACUCUGAGGAGAGAUAUUCAUUUUUUCCCUUUUUUGUUAUACCGUACAAACAUUAUAUGUACAUAUUAUUAUAUACACGUAUUAUUAUAUACACGUAUUAUUAAAUUACAAUAUAAUGUACAUUUAUAAUCGAUGAUCUUAUUAGAAAUGUAAGAACCUAAACAAUA